AUGACGAAGGUCUUCACCACCCCAACAUCCCUUGAUCGUGUACGAUCACCGGAAAUGAAAGAUUCAGUGACAGCCGUGGAGAAGAUCCUCGGCUACAACUUCAAGAACAAGAAGCUUCUAGAAGAAGCUCUCACCCACCCCUCCUAUGGGUCCCCUUCGUAUAAACGCCUUGGCCUUGCGACCCUUGGCGAUAGCGCUCUUGGCCAUGCAGUGACCAACCACUUCUUUUGUAUGGCUGACCACCCUCAGUUCAGCGAAGGCCAACUCACUUUGCUACGCUCUGCCAAUGUUAGCAACCACAAACUCGCCUGCGUCGCCGUUCAUUGUGGGCUUUAUCGCUACCUUCGCCACAAUGAACCUGCUUUUGAUGAUAAAAUUGAGGAGUUUAUUGAAGCUUUAAUUAAUGGAGAAGAAUACGUGGGGUUUGUUGAGGCCGAUGAACCCAAGGUUCUUGCAGAUAUUGUUGAGUCCGUGGCAGCUGCUGUUUACAUUGAGUUAAAUUUUGAUCUCGAUAAACUAUGGAUGAAAUUUAAGCCUCUUUUGGAGCCUAUAUAUACUCUUGAAAACUUGCGAGGUCAUCCCAUGACAAUAUUGAAAGAGUUUUGCGAGAAGAGAGGGAAGCGCCUUGACGUGCUGCUGAGAGAUGAGACCGGAAAUAUAAGUACUGCUGAUGUCUAUGUUGAUGGCCAGCUUAAUGGAUCGGGUUCUGCAAAACGGAAGAGUACCGCACAGUGUACUGCUGCUCAACAAGCUAUACAAAAGUUGUCGCAAUCGAUGGUUGUAAACAACGAAGGUACUGCAGCUGGAAACGGCAACUCAUUUCGUAUUGAAGAAGCGAUGCAGGAGUUGAAUGUGCGUUUUGAAAAGAAGAGGUUGCCUAAACCAGAUUACAAAGAAGAGAAGAAAUCAGGUCCUCCACAUUCACCCAAAUUUGUAUACUCAGUUAAAGGGGUAAUUUCAGAUGGUACCGUGAAAUCUGUGAAGGGAGAUGAAAAGUCAAGAAUACAAUAUGCGAAGAAUUCUGCAGCUCACAAAAUGAUCCUUACUUUACAAGAAUAUGAUAAUGUGAUCAAAACCAAAGAAUCCGAUUGCGUAAUGGCUUAGUUGCUGAGCGGUAUAAAUUCCCAUAACCAGACUUGGCAACGCAUGAGUGAAGAAGAUAAUCUCAU